GUUGGCUUCUCUUGUCUUACGUUUUGUGCUCUGGCUUCCCAUUCCUUUUGCUGCAGGUAUAAUGUGGAAACUGCAUGGAGAGGAGUAACCAUACUUCAUCUGGUGGAACUAUGGAAUUCCUGCUCCUCGGAUUCUCUGACUUGCUCCCGCUGCGGACCUUCCUCUUUUAUCUCUUCCUCAUGGUGCAUGUGGUCACCCUUGCAGGAAAUCUCCUCAUCCUCCUGGCAGUGGCUGCCGAGUCCUCCCGCCCUCCUAUGCUGUUUUUCCUUUGCCAGCUCUCUGCCAUCGAGCUCUGUUACACCCUUGUCAUUGUUCCCAAGACAUUAGCUGACCUGCCCAGCCCAGUACCAGGCACCAUUUCCUUUGUGGGGUGCGCGACCCAAAUGCAUUUCUUUGUAGCCCUGGGUGGCGCUGAAUGCUUCCUCCUUGCAGCUAUGUCGUAUGACCGCUACGUGGCCAUCUGCCGGCCCCUGCACUACAUGACAAUGAUGAGCCAGGGCGUCUGCCUUCAGCUUGCUAUCGUCUGCUGCCUCGGGGGCUUUGUGGUCUCACUGGGCCUCACCGUGGCUGUCUUCCGCCUGCCUUUCUGCAGCUCCCACCGCAUUGACCAUUUCUUUUGCGAUGUCCCUGCUAUGCUCCACCUGGCCUGCACAAAGAGCUAUGUCAGCGAGCUACCCCUCCUUGCAGCCUGCGUGAUCCUCCUCCUGUUCCCCUUCCUGCUUAUCCUCGCUUCCUACACCUGCAUCUCAAUGGCUGUGAUGCGCAUCCGGGACUCGGCUGGUCGGGGAAAAGCCUUUUCCACUUGUGCCUCACACCUGGCCGUCACAGUCUUACACUAUGGCUGCGCCACCUUCAUGUAUGUCCGGCCCAAGUCCAGCUACACUCCCGGCCGGGACAAGAUGGUGUCUCUUGUCUACACCAACAUCACCCCCUUGCUUUACCCUCUGAUUUAUAGCCUCAGGAACAAAGAAAUCAAAGGAGCUGUGAGGAAGCUGCUGCAGAAAACGCUGGCUCAGCCAAACUGCAGCACCUUCAAGGGCAGGCUCGCGUAA